AUGGGCCUCUUGAGCGUGUUGCGACCGAUGUUGAGUUGGAUGCUGAAGCAGCUGCAGCUGCGGUCCCUGUCCCUGCGGCAGGUGCAGCUGCUGAACCUGGUCUCGGUCGCGGUGGUGGCCGAGGGCGUGGUCGAGGACGCCCUGCUGCUAUUGCUGAUCCCGGAGUCGCAGGAGCCCGGGGGGGACGCGGGCGUGGUCGCGGUGCCGCUGCUGGUGAUGCUCCAGCAGCCGGUGGACGUGGGCGGCGCGGAGCCGGCCGCGGCGGCCGCGGUGCUCGCGGUCGUGGCAGGGGCCGUGGACGCGGCGCUGGGAGCGGCGGCAGUAGCAGCCGCAGCUCUGGCUCUGAUAGCAGCAGCAGCAGCAGUAGUGAUUCCGAUUGAGGUGAUCGGAAUGUAG